CCGAUGGAGCGUAGGCGGUUUACCUCACACACCUAAACACGCGUAAACAUACGCACUCACUUCUCCUCAAACACUUAAACCAGUCUCCAAAGGAGGUUUUUUACCCAAAGAGAAUAAAAAAAAAAAAUCUAAGGACAGGAUGGAUUCUGCACAGCUGCUCCUUCUGGUGUUGUGCGGAUACCUGCCAAAAGUGCUAUCGGUGCAGAUGUGCGAUGUGGUGAACGAGAUCCAGCUGGAGAAAGAGCGCUGUGAAAAUAGCACCUCUGGGAACGUCACUUCAGGAUGCCAAGGCAUGUGGGACAUCAUCGCCUGCUGGCCUUCAGCUCGGGUCGGAGAGGUGGUUACAAUAACCUGCCCGCCUUAUUUCAGCUACUUCAGUGACCAUCAGAAAGGUAACCUUUCGAAAACCUGCACAGAAGAUGGCUGGACCGAGAUGCAUCCUAUUGACAUUGCUGUGAGCUGUGGAUACAAUCUCAACAGCACUAGCGAUGACGGAAAGUUUUUUUGGCAAGUCAAGAUCGGCUACACCAUUGGCCACAGCGUAUCGCUCGUCUCGCUUACUACCGCUAUUGUGAUCCUCUGCAUCUUCAGGAAACUCCACUGCACAAGGAACUACAUCCACAUGCAUCUGUUUGUUUCAUUUAUCCUGAAGGCUAUCGCUGUCUUCAUCAAAGAUGUGGUUCUCUACGAGGUCGGGGAGGUGGACAACUGCUCCUCGGGCUCUGUUGGCUGCAAAGCAGUGAUUGUGUUUUUCCAGUACUGUAUAAUGGCCAGUUUCUUCUGGCUGCUGGUGGAAGGCCUUUAUCUGCAUGCAUUGUUGGCCGUUUCCUUCUUCUCCGAGAGGAAGUACUUCUGGGCUUAUAUUCUGAUCGGCUGGGGCGGUCCAGCAAUUUUCAUCACAGCUUGGAGCAUCGCUAAAGCCAACUAUAAUGAUGUGGGGUGCUGGGAUAUAAUAGAAAACACCGAUGUGUUCUGGUGGAUCAUUAAAACUCCUAUUUUGGCAUCAAUUCUGAUGAACUUUAUUCUUUUCAUCUGCAUCAUUCGGAUACUUCGCCAGAAGAUAAACUGCCCCGAUAUUGGAAGAAACGACUCCAACCAGUACUCGCGACUGGCAAAGUCAACGCUGCUUUUGAUUCCUCUGUUUGGGAUCAAUUAUAUAGUGUUUGCAUUUAUCCCCGAGCAAGUGAAGACUGAGCUGCGGCUGGUUUUUGACUUGAUUCUGGGAUCAUUUCAGGGCUUUGUGGUCGCAGUCCUUUACUGCUUCCUGAACGGAGAGGUCCAAGGAGAGAUCAAGAGGAAGUGGAGGAGGUGGCACCUGCAGAGAUACAUGGGCUCAGACACCAAAUACCAGCACCCAUCUAUUGGCAGCAGCAACAACUUCAGCACCCAGAUCACCAUGUUGACACGGUGCAGCCCGAAAACUCGCCGGGCUUCAUUAUCCUGUCACGAUGACUUGUCUAGCAUCUGAGUCGCAGAGAUACAGACACACAAAAUGCUGUACAAAAUGCUCUCAUGCCAAACAUUAGGCAGAACAUCGCAGCAUAUAUAAGCUUUACCAUAAGUACUGUUGGGUCAUGUGUGUGGUGCAGAAGAUGGAAGGUGAUGAAAGGAUUGGAAAAAAAGAUAUAAGGACACGAUGUGACCAUAAUCAGCUUUGAAGCAGUUUGUAACUGUUCCAAAAAAAUACAUUUAAAUGAGAAGGUAAGUUGCACAUUGCUUAACAAACAAAGCGUUUGCGGAGAGAGUCCUUUUUGCGCAGGUCACCUGUACAGGUGAAUUCAAGUCAUAUCACUACAGCUCUUAUUUUUUAAAUAUCCUGUGUGCUUAGAUGAGUGGGCUGGUGUAACUCUGAGCCUCGUGCACUCCUGCAGCUCCAAAUAGUCAAGUUUGGUGCUAAAGCUUUGGAAGAAAUUGAGGUGAUGUAUUUUUCUAACAGCAGCAUCACAGGGUAACAAAGGUACUGUACCAGAACUGGACUGUGAGGGUGUGUUUGAGUGCUGAAUGUAAAUAGUGCUGGAAAAUUUGCUUUAAAACAUACUUUAGAGUAUCCAAAAUAAGCAUAAUACUAUACUCCCCCCCUUUGCUGUGUAGGAAGAAAGAAAAAAAGACAGGCUUACAGAGCAGGAAACUUUAUUUCCAUAAAUGCCAAACAGAUUAGGCUUCAGACCAAGUGAUGCUGAUUCACAGUGAUGUGUUUGGAGCACAAAUGCCCUUCUCUGCACUAUCAUGCUCAUGAGAGACCGGUUGCCCUUUGCCUUCUUUUAUCAACACAGCCUUCCCUCUUGGCGUGUGCGAUUCUGAGCCUAUGAUUAGGUAGAUAUUUUUCAUUAUUUAGGGCACUGUGGCGGUUUUGUGUCGAUCACUGACGAGUGCCUGGGUUUGGUGUUUUGAACCGACUUCUGCGGUCUAGUCUUUGCUGGCUGUUGGGCAGUACAGCAGCUCUGAAGAGGAGAUGUCCAUAUGCAGCUCAUUCCUUGAAUGUUUACAUUUACUUGGGAAGAGUUAUAAAAAAAUGAUGCACAGUCAAGUGUGCAGUGUAAAUAAACUUGGAAUGCUUGUGCCAUACACAUCACAUUGUGGUUAUAAUAAUAGUAAUGAAUCACUAAGUGUCGUUUGUUCAAAUUAAAGUAUGACAGGAUUUAAAACUUUGCCAUUAUGAAUAAUAUUUUUUGAAUUCUUCAGGUUCAGACUUACUUCUCCAUCGGAGGAGUCUGAACUUGACAAGUCAGCAGAGAAUGUUAGAUCCUGUAUGCAAAGCAAAGUGACAAGGAUGACUGGUCCUGUCACAACGAUGCUGUCUUUGUGCUUUUGAGCUCGCGUAGGUUUGAAAGUAAGGCUUGUUCAUUCUAGAGGGAACAACGGGGGAAUCCGGCUUUACACGGGAGGAAGGAAAUCAUCUCAACCCACCAGUGAUUUAAAGGUUUAGAUCAUCAUUAAGUUUAAGAAUAAAAAAAAAAAUCUAAUGUGGUAAUAUGUGUCAAGGAAAUAUUGAAUAUCAAUAUAUCGCCUUCAGAUUGCUGAAAGUAAUAAUUAUACUUUUAGAGAAAAGGAAAAAGAUUGGAACCGCUUUCAUAUUGUGGUCAGAAGUUUACAUACACUCAUCGUGCUAAUUUUGGCCUAUUAAUGACUUCUUUGAACCGUUCUCUUUCCAAGGUGGAAUGAUUGAACAGCAUACAUUUAUAAUUAAUUAAAAAUAAAUGGGUGCACACGUUUCAUUUAUUUUCGGAUUUUUGGUGAUGAACAUUCAAAAGUAUCCAUGCAGGCUCAAAUAUGUACGUAAGCUGAACACUGAACACUGGCAGCAAAACAGCCCCAGAGCAUGAUGCUACCACCAUUGACAUCACUUGACAGUUUGCACAGAAGUCUUAGUUUUUCACCUUUACUCCUGCAAACAUAAUUCUCGCCUUUGUCAACUCAAUCUUUGCCUUUGUCUAAAACCUUUCUCCUUCAAACUCGACUGAAAUGUGCAGUUGCAAAUUUGAGUUUGAAGGUGUCGAUUUUGGAGCAGCGACUUCUUUCUUGAUCAGCACUUCACUGUGGACAGUGACACGUAAUCCUUGGCGGUUCCUGCCUUGUUCCUGAACAUCUAACCAAUUUGCUCUCAUCUAAGUGUGACAUUUUCGGUCUUCUUCUAGACCUUGGCAAAGUGGUAACAGGACUAUAACUUAUGUACAAUUGUUUGAACGAUUUUCCUGGAAUCUGCAGUGUUUGCAGUAGAAAUGGCUCCAAGAGAUCCAACUAGAACCUACCACGUGUAGUCAAUCAUGAUCAGUAACAAAAAGAAUAAUGGGCCUUG